UUGGGGGCUGUUCACCAUUCCGACCUCAAGAAGCCAGCCCAGCAGGCCAACAACAAUGAUGGUGACAGCGCAGGCAGCGUUUGCUUGCUCAGGUUCCGCGAAGUAUUAAUUCGUAUUCCGUCUCUUUAAAUCGAUAAUAAAACCCAGAGUCAAAUCACCUCUCUCUCUCUCUCUCCCUCUAAACACCCCUCGUCUUCUUCUUACGUCUGCCUCCUCUUCCUCCUUGUUUUGCUAAGAAACAAGAAGUCCAAUACAGAAAAGAAAAUAAAAAUGAAAGAAGACGUGAAGAGUGGGGGCGCUGAAGAGAAUGAAGAGGAAGUAGUAGAAAAAAUAGACUACGUCUUCAAGGUGGUAGUGGUUGGGGAUUCGGCGGUAGGUAAGACCCAAAUUCUGUCCAGGUUUGCUAAGAACGAGUUCUGCUUUGAUUCCAAGUCUACCAUUGGAGUAGAGUUCCAGACCAGGACCGUUACCAUUCAGGGCAAACUCAUCAAGGCCCAGAUCUGGGAUACUGCUGGUCAAGAAAGGUAUCGAGCAAUUACUAGUGCGUACUACAGAGGAGCUCUGGGGGCCAUGUUGGUGUACGACAUCACAAAGAGGCAGAGCUUUGACCACGUUGCGAGGUGGGUGGAGGAUCUACGGGCCCAUGCCGACAGCUCCAUAGUGAUCAUGCUAAUUGGGAACAAGGCAGAUCUCACUGAUUCCAGGGCAGUCCCCACGGAAGACGCCGUCGAGUUUGCUGAGGAGCAAGGCCUCUUUUUCUCCGAGACGUCGGCCCUCAAUGGAGACAACGUGGAGAGUGCCUUCAUUAGGCUGCUGGAGGAGGUUCAUGGGAUGAUGGUCUCUAAGAAGGCCUUAGGCUACUGCAAUGAAGGAAAAACCAGAGCUGAAGCUGAAGGUGAUGUGCUGAUGCUCAAAGGAUCAAGGAUCAAUGUCAUCCUUGGGGAUGAGUUAGAGAUGAGUGAGCUGAAGAAGGCAUCUUCUUGCUCUUCUUGUUGAUACUUGAUAGAUAGAUCGUCCAAGUGUUUCUUUUCAGCGUUCCCCAGAUCAUCAGAUCAGAGUGCAAGUGUGCAACAGAACACAAACAAAGCACAACAUGACAUAUAUCGGCGAUCCUUCUCAGCCAUUCCCUCCAUCUGUCUUCCAGUGUCCGUCUCUGUGUUUGUGUCGUGUGUUAAUUUGGAAUUCCACUAGGAACAAGCGUGAAAUUUACAACUGUUUGAUAAAGUCGACUUCUGCUCGCGAUGGGACCGGAUGUAAUUUGUAAUGUUACGUACUACGUACUAAGCAGAAGAUACCAUUGCUUAAUUUAACAAUAAUUUAUAUCGUACUGGAUGUACAUGAUGAUAGAUA